AAGGGUUGUCUCCUCCUUGAUUGGCUGAUCUCCCAAGCAAGACUUCAACAAUUCCGCCAGCCCAGCACCUGAUCUGCGCUCUCUCCCCUUCUGUGCUCUGGAUUGGCGAAAAGUGCCAGAGGGAGCGCUGGGGGUGUGUCCCGGUGCGGACUCAGAGGAAACCCGACUCCUUGCGGCCUAUUUAAAGGGCCCUACAGCUCCCUGACUUACUGUCUCUGGUUGGAGUUGAACGUUAUCCUCCGGGGUCCCAGCGCAGCCAGGAGAAUCUCAGGAGCAUUUCUUAUCCUCCGUCAUGGCCAAGCCCUGCUAAGGGCUGCCUUUUCCACGCCCUCCCCCUUGCAACGCGUCUUCGACAAGCAGGCAGUGUUUUGCGAAGAAUUGAACCUGACACCUGGAUCAAGCGUAACAGUAGUAGGAAUGAUACAACCUAGUUGCAGGGUGUAAGUGGGACCUGGGAUGGAUGAGACACAAAUGAACCCUGGUUUCAGUAUACAGAUGGGCAAAGAUGGCCGUAACCUUGACAUGCACUUAAGCAUACGCUUCAAACAUGGUCAUGAUUUACACAAGAUUGUCUGGAACACCAAGGAGAAUGGGAAGUGGGGCGAAGAACAAAGGGACUCACAUUUCCCUUUUAUUGGAAAAACCAUGGUGGAGAUUUCCAUAUUGUUUGAAGAGGAUUCCUUUACAGUGACACUGCUUGAUGGCCAUAAGCUGAAGUUCCCAAAUCGCACUAAAGCAACCAAACUCGACUACUUGGGAACUGCUGGUGACAUCUAUGUCACAAAACUGGCCUUCGCCUGAGCCCUUCCAUCAAGGCACCUUCACAUCCUUCUUGACUUGUAGGCAUCUCUUAUUAU